AUGCCCAGCGCUGUUCUGCACCGAGACACCCGCUCCAUUCCCAAGAAGGCUGUGGGUGGUAAGGGAAUCUAUCUCACUCUUGAGGAUGGCACACGGUUUCUUGACUCGACUGGCGGCGCCGCUGUCUCAUGUCUAGGUCACGGCAAUGAAAAGAUCAAUCAAAUGAUUAAGGAUCAGAUUGAUCAGCUUUCAUACUGUCAUUCGGCUUUCUUUGGAACGCAGGUCUCCGAGGAUUUGGCUCGGCUCCUGACUGAAUCUACUGGCGGGAAACUUUCCAAGCUGUUUGUAGUCAGCUCAGGUUCCGAGGCCGUUGAAGCUGCCCUCAAAUUGGCUCGGCAAUACUUCCUCGAACUGCCGACUCCUGAACCUCAACGCACCCGGUUCAUUGCUCGUCUGCCCUCUUACCAUGGUACCACGCUCGGUGCCCUAGGUGCCGGCGGACAUGUUCUUCGGAGACAGCCAUUCGAGCCAUUGUUAGCACAGAACACCUCUCACGUGUCUCCGUGCUAUGCCUAUCGAGGCAAAAAGGAAGGCGAGUCUGAUGCAGACUACGUUACCCGACUUGCUGCCGAGUUGGACGCGGAGUUUCAGCGUGUGGGAUCCGAUAGCGUGUGCGCUUUUAUUGCAGAGCCUGUAGUCGGUGCGGCUCUUGGCUGCGUUCCUGCUGUCCCCGGCUACUUCGCCGCCAUAAAAGCUGUGUGUGAGAAGUACGGUGCCUUGUUGAUCCUGGACGAAAUCAUGAGUGGCAUGGGCCGCUGUGGCACUCUUCACGCCUGGGAGCAGGAAAAUGUCGUUCCCGAUAUUCAAACCAUUGGCAAAGGGCUAGGAGGUGGUUACGCCCCUGUAUCGGGGAUCUUGAUCGGCGACUCCAUCGUGCAGACAAUGGACAAAGGCACUGGUGUCUUUCGACACGGGCAGACAUAUCAGGGCCAUCCCAUCUCCUGUGCAGCAGCGUUAGCCGUGCAGAAGACCAUACAGGAAGAUUCGCUCCUUGAGAAUGUGCAAACUAUGGGCUCUUACCUGGAGAGUCAACUGCGUCGACAGUUUGAGGAUCAUCCGUAUGUGGGAGAUAUUCGGGGCAAGGGGCUGUUCUGGGGAAUGGAGUUUGUCAAGGACAAAACCACCAAAGAGCCGUUUGAUCCUCAGACCCGAUUGUCAUUCCUGAUCCAGGAAAAGGGUUUGCAGCCGGAAUACGCCGUCUCGCUCUAUGGCUGCCCAGGUACAGUAGACGGUAUCCGUGGUGAUCAUGUGGUGUUGGCUCCACCCUACAUUGUGUCCAAGGACGAAAUUGAUAUCAUUGUGGAGGUGACGGCCAGAGUUCUAGCUGAUGUUCUUGCGGAGUUGGAAUUGUAA